CGGGUGGAUAAUCAUGGCUGACAGUGUUUCAUUAAAAAGUUGUGGUGUACGGCAUAAUAACAUAUCUUUCCUUUGCAUUGACAUGUUUGUUGCAACUUGAAAGUAGACAUUCAUAAGUUUUUAAAACUAAAUCAUUUUAAAAACCUGUCACCAUGAGAAGUUCCAUUCAUAGUUCCGGAAAAAUAACACCAUUGCAACAAAUGAUAUCGUCAGGGUCAGGAGCUUUGAUAACCAGUCUCAUUGUGACUCCUCUUGAUGUGGUAAAAACAAGGCUGCAAGCCCAGCUCAGGCCUAUCCCAAAAUCUCCUUGUUACUUAUUCUGUAAUGGCCUUAUGGAUCAUCUGUGUUUAUGUGCCAAUCUUGGAUCCCCAUUCCGUCCAUUUCCUCAUACUCUUCAUCCUCCCUUUAAUUCAACUUUAGAUGCUCUAAUCAAAAUUCCUCGCUAUGAAGGCAUCUCAGCAUUGUGGAGAGGCUUACCGCCAACCCUAGUUAUGGCUGUUCCAAACACAAUGAUUUAUUUUACUCUUUAUGACCAGCUUAAAGUGCUGUAUGGAUUUGAAGAGGGAGAAGAAAAUUUUUGGUCACCGAUGUGUUCUGGAGUUACUGCGCGAACUGCCUCCAUCACAUGCAUAUCACCAAUAGAAAUGAUCAGAACUAAACUGCAAUCGAGAAAGGAGUUUAGUUAUAAAGAGCUUUUAAGUGUAAUUAAGGUUGCCAUUCAGCAAGGUGGAGUGUUAUCACUCUGGCAUGGAUUAGGACCUACCCUGCUCAGGGAUGUACCAUUCUCAGCUGUAUAUUGGACAGGCUAUGAAGUCCUAAAAUCAAAGUUCACUGAGCCAGGAUUUAUUGCUAGUUUUUCUUCUGGAGUGCUGUCUGGAGCUAUGGCUGCAUUAAUAACAACUCCAUUUGAUGUGGUGAAAACACAUAGACAGAUGGAACUUGGUGAACUUGUCUUUAAAGAUUCCAGUGCUGUUAAGAAGCUGCCUUUCACAUUCUCACUGAUUUUUCAGUUGUAUAGAGAAAGUGGAUGGAGAAGUCUCUUUGCUGGUGGGUCAGCAAGACUGAUUAAAGUGGCACCAGCAUGUGCUGUUAUGAUCAGCACUUAUGAAUAUUCCAAAUCUUUUUUUUGUCAAUACAACUUGGAGAAGGUUACAUCAGCAACAGUAUCUGAAUUGGUCUAAUCCAGGAGCUCUUUAGAAGUAAACACAGUAGAGAAAGGAUUGGAUGCCAAGACACCUCCUAGGUGCCCAGCUGUUGUAUGCUGUGCUGAAUCCAUUGAAAUGGAAACAAGUGGAUAUUUUUGACAUCCCCAGUUGGUUACAGCAUGGAAAAUAAGCAGCAGUAGUUUCUAUCAAUUACUGUGGUAAAUGAUUACCCAGAAAUGGCAGCCAGUUGCCAGGAAUGUGCUACACUGCCAGCACACUGUAGUUGGCAAUUGGACACUCACUUUUACUUUCUGUGACAAAGAAGGAUGGUUUGUAACUUUGUUAAACCAUGUUUAGUAUUUUGCAGGGUUCAUUCACUUGUUGUGAAUUCCACUUUGCUGAAUAGCAUUUUGUGUCCAGGAUGAUCAAACUUCAAAGUUUGAUUUGAAAAUUUACUUUGUUUUCAAUUACAUGAGGUGAAAUUUGCCACUCUGGCUCUAGUUAUUUGAAGGGUGGAUAAUACUAUCAACUGGAUAAAAUGCUAUCCUGGGGUAGCAAUAUAAGUUUUGUCAAAAAUUAUUAGUGAUUUAUCAACUCAAUAGCCCUAUCCGCCCAUUGAACAACUGGGGCCAGCUUGGCAUUUUAUCUCUAUUUGGUCUUAAAAAGCAGAACUGAAGAAAGAGCAAUGUAAUACGAAUAUUCUCAGAUCAAUUGUGAUAGCUUUAACCCCUUCACACCUAGGAGUGACUAGCACCUAAUUUCACCUUACAGUAUAACCCAUCUAUCAAACAAUAAGGUCAUGAGAAAAAAGGAGAUUGUCACCUUACUAAAGCAGCUCUUGAUUUUGAAAACAAAUUUUCCCUGUUAGAACCUUAGAAAAAGUGUAGAGAACAGUAUGGAGAAUGUGUUAAAAGUAAUUAGUAAUAGUACUCUAAAUAAGGAAAUAAAGGAAAGGUUUGGUCAAAUAAAGAGUUUGUUGUACGACACACAACUGCCAUCAUCUCUAUAUCUACAUGUGAGGCAGUUAUGAAUCAUGAAUAUAAUUUCAAUGACUAAGUUUGCAAAAUCAUUUGGUCAUGAACUGAAUGUAUCUUUUGCUAAAAUGGUUACAAAUCAAAUAAACUUUUCAAAGUAACUGCAA